AUGUUGCAACUGCCAAUGCGCAAAAGGAGGUCCAGGAGUGCUACGCGAUUGCGCCACUCCAUCUUUGGCCGCCGGAGAUCCUCUAAAUCUGAAUCUGUAGACUCAGAGUCUUCGCAAUGGACGGAUUCUUCUGCGUCAACGGAAGGGACCGAUACUACUGAACAUGAACAUGAAUUGUCCGGCCACAGAUACGAUGGCCAUUACGAUCAACUUGAACAUGAUAGCUUCCCCAACCACCACGCCGGAGACAUACCAGACUACCCCGAGUUAUGGACUGACAAUGUCAGGGAUCGUCUCUUCUCACAUGCUCCUAUGACCAGGGCAGAAUGCCAGGCCAGUGACGCCCUACAGGAUACCACCUCCACACCUAGUGCACGAAGGUGUUCGAAUAUAGGACGUACCGUCCAUCCACGGAACUCCCCUCUGUCCGGAGCGGAGCUUAGAGUCAUAUUCUCCGGCGCUCCCCAUUUCUUGCUUGAGAAGGGCAAUCGAUCCCAUUGGUUUCCGCAUGUUGUCUUUCCUUGGGAUGAUAGCACCCGCAUUCAGAACCUCCAGGACAGAAAACCAUUGCACCAUGCCUCCUUUACUCUAUGCACGCUGCAUGCCCAUCUUCCUGCGUUUCUAGAGCGCAGGAAAACACCCGGAGGCAGUCAGGAUUUGGCAGAGCUAGAAACCAACAAAUACCCAGCCUUUGAUAUUGGUGUUUUUGAAGUACCCAACAUGCUAUCCUCUCGCGCCAAGGAAAGAGGUUGUGUCGGUUUUCGUCAUUUUAUGGAGCUUCCAAUCUCACCAAAGUUGAAGAACAAAUCCGAUAUACCCCCAGGCACCACACCCAUGGAAAUUAAUGCCAAUAUACUCUACGCGCCGCUUUCGGGAGAUGACGAGCCAUAUAGUUGUUGUCGACCUGGCAGCCGGUACAGCCGUGCACAGUUGAUCAAGGGAGGGCCGCCUGCCUGGAGACGCCUCGGAGUCCGCAAUUGUUCACCCAAACAGGUUGCUCAGCGCCUAGAAACCCUUUGCGAUUUGCGAGACCAAAUGGUCUUCAAGGCUAAGCCUAUUAACCUGUUUGACAUAGAAUCUAUCGCCAAGCUCCACCAGGGAUUAUUUUCUACUUUCCUUUUCCCUCUUCCCAAGGAAGUCCAUGGAGAUGCGUUCAAGCAUACCAGUAUCAAGACUCAAAUUGAUACUCUUGUCAAAGUACUCGCCGUGAAGGAUGCCUGGAUCGACUUUUCCCAGAUCGAAUGGAGAAUCCGUGCUGGUCAGAUCCUCUGGGAAUGUCCACCACACCACGAUGGAAUUAUCAAGGACCAGUAUCCAGAAGGUUCAGAUAUCAAGAUUAACGCGGAGAGAAAUUGGCUUUUGAUUCAACUUCUUCUGGCUGCCGAAUUGGUUUUGCGGCUUGACGCUGCCCUUAAGGUUGGCAUAAUAGGCCGAUCAAGAGGAAUAGCCAUUACUCAGAAAGACAUCUACCAUAUCAAUGACAUGAGGAACGACCAAGUUGACUGGGCAAUAAUCUGCUGCCGGAGAGCCUUCGAAAGCCUAACUAUUAAAUAUGCUCCCACAGAUGGGCGGCUCGAACCAGCUCUGCCUCCUGACUAUCCACAGGAAAGGCCGCCAUCGCGCAUUCGACAGAUUUUAACACGCGGGAAAGUUAAGGAAAAGCGGAUGCAACUGGCACAGUGCCAACAACCAGCAAAUACCCAAAUCGUAUGGGAUUGCAUCACCAGGCCCCGGUUUUUCAAGAAGCAGUUGGAAGGUUUAUUUGCCUUUAUGAAUGUAAUACAGUGGCCGGAUGCAGAGGAAAUCAAGUGCCAGUUGGAAAUAAAGUAUAAUACAAUAUCAUCAGAUCCCGCUGCCAUGAUCCGGACACUUUCGACGCCUUUGGUCACCGACGAGUUGACAGGGGACGACGCACCUCGCCAGCGGCUAUCGGCAUAUGAAAACUCCGACACAUCUCAUCUCCUUCUGCUACUUCCACCCUCUCAAAACCACAAUGUUUCAACCUCAACAACCUGUUUUGGCGGAUGGAUAUCUCGGUCCUGGCUAAGUGGGUUUAUCCUACCAGGGGAAGCAGUCAACGAUAUGCUAAUAUCGACGUUAUUGGAAAACGACACUCAUGCUCUAAGGAUCCUUGGGCCAGUAGCCAACCUAUACGGCGGAUUCAUAUAUAAGGGCCGGAGCUGGUGGAGUAAGAACUGUGUUGUAUCGAGAAUUGUCAGUUGCCUAGAGGGGUCCACCACUUGUAUGGGGUGGGUUUCCUGCCUUGUUGUGCCCCAGGACGAGCAAGGAAAGGACCAUACGGAUAAAUGGGUAGAAGUUGUAUUGAUGGAUGACGUGCGUGACCUAACCGUGCCACGAAUCUAUAAAACAACACAGGUCCUGCUUGACUCCUCGCCACUAGGUCCCGGCGGCGAGCUCACCCCAGAACAGUUCUCCAUGCCCAUGGAUGAUGAUUCACGCUCAGACUCGCACCAUAUUCGUCAAACAAGCGUCAUGUUUGAUAACAUCACGCUUUCGAGAUGUGAGCGAGAUGACCCAAGUAAAAUGCUUCCUUUCAGAGCUCUCGCCCAUGCUUUCUUCACUAUAACGGUCAGCCCCCAGUCGAAACCGCGCAAAGUUCUCUUUCCGUUAAGCAAGAAUUCGCUAUUCAUAUCUUCUUUCCCUUGCCUCCCACCGCGAGGGUGGGCCGCUCACUCCACGAACCACAAUGCGGACCCAGAGUCUUCAUCCGAGUACCACAGACACUUCCAGCCCCCUGUCCCGGACGAUGAAGACACAUAUAACUGGACCCUAGGACCCGAAUCUCCAGAUACAGAAUCCUUCAACUCGCACGUCCAGCAAACAAACAGCUUCCGUGUCCCAGGACACCCACUCCACGCCUCCUUCUACCCUUACGAAUAUAUCCCCAUCACCUCGUUGCCAAGUAUAACGGAAUUCCCACCCAAUCGCAUGGAAACCUGUGAGAAGCCUACAUCAGGACUGGGGAGACGUGAACCUUCACAACCUGAGGAGAGACGACGUCACCGCCGUCGCCGACCAGUCACAUACAUAAUUGAUGCGCGAGGAAGUAAGCAUAAAGAAGCUUUUGUGCGAGCCUGGUGUACGGCUGUCUGUACAGAUGCGGUAAUUGCCAGAGUUGGGCGGACUUGUUUGGCCUGUAGUAUCCGAGAGGCUAGAGCAGUAGAUGUAAAUGUGGUCAUCCGAGUUGGUAGUGUGGCGAGGGCGACCUGCUGGUAG